AAACCAGCCAAUCACAUCGUGCAGUUCAAGGAGAGCCACGGAGAAAUGUCCGUAUGACGCAGCAGCAGCUUCCUGAAUCACGCAGUUGGCUAAAAACAAAACAACCAGUUAUUCUUUCCUAAUUUCUCUUCCGACAUCCAAGAUGAACAGCGUGGGGGAGGCUUGCACCGACAUGAAGCGGGAGUACGACCAGUGUUUCAACCGCUGGUUCGCUGAGAAGUUCCUGAAGGGGGACCAGAGCGGAGACCCGUGCACCGAGAGCUUCAAGCGGUACCAGCUCUGCGUGCAGACGGCCAUCAAGGAGAAAGACAUCCCGGUGGACGGGGUGGAGUUCAUGGGUCCCAACAAGGAUAAACCCGAGAGCUGAGGCUGGAGCACGAGGAGGAGGAAAAAGAGAGGGACUGAUGGUGAUCCGGGGAUUCUGAGGUCAUCUAAAGGCCUAACAAGCGACUAGUGCGUCCAUGUGCGUCCACUGAGCAUGCGCAGAAGUGAUGGGACGCUGCAGCAGGACAACACUGGAGUCUGGACUCUCUUUCUGUGUGAGAGUGUGUGUCUGUGUGUUUGUGUGUUUGUGUGUGAGAUAAUCUGUUGCUACCUGCAGCAGUUAUUGGAUUUCCGGUUGAGUUACUUUCUGUGUUUACCAGUUUAUAAUUUAACUUCUGGUUAGAGUCUCUGUCGGUGUGUGGGAGAACACACUGGACUCUCUCUCUCUCUCUCUCUCUCUCUCUCUCUCUCUCUCUCUCUCUCUCUCAUUUCUGCAGAUUAGUUGAUUUAUUUUUGUUUAUUUUCAUUUGUAAAACUUGCUGCUUAUAUUUUGUUUUAGUUUUCAUUAAAUUAAUGUGGCUCAAACAAUUAUUCCAACUGAAAUAAAUGGGACGUUGUUAUAUGAA